CCGCUCUCUGUCCGCCCCCCCGCGCAUCCCCGCGCGUCCCCCCGCUGCCCUUCCUCGCCGCAGUCGGCCCAACUUACCAGUGGACUGUUUAUCGAUGGAAUGGAAAUGUUAUUGUUUGAUGUUUGCAACGAGGUUCGACCGACUCGGCGAGCGGCGCGGGCGCGGGCGACGGGCGGCGGGGCGCGGAGAGCAGAACGUACACUCGUUUACGCUCCGAUUAAUUAGCUCGUUACUCGUUAUAGUUUUAGUUAGACUGCCUUAUGUAUAUUGCUCAUAUACUCGCACACGUCAAACAAACGAAGGGUGUCGAUUAGUACUGUCAACCUUCGAUAAACACCCAAUUAGACCCGAAGACAUCGUUGUCAAGACAUUAUGCCGAAUGUCCGUACGCACCGUUCAAUCUACCGAUACCGUUCCGCUACCGUCAGUCGGGUGUUGAACGGCGACCAUUCCCGGCGACUUUAGUACAAAGACAGCGGAAGAUGCAACAGUAGCACGAGGCGGCCGCAGUCGCGCACUAAGUAAUAGUGUUACUGUCAACGCGAACUUUUAUUGUAAUUCCAGGGCAAAAUUAAAUUUAGUAAGGAGAGUAUCAGGAAGUACGAAGUAUAUUUUAAGCCUGAAAAAAAUAGAACUUUCUUCGUUUUUUAAAAAGCUUCGAAACAGUUAGUGCGACACGGCGCAGCGGUAUCUAAUGUAUGGUCGAGCUGGAAAGGCGAGGUCCUGCUCCGCGCGUAAUGUCGUGCACCGUGCCGACACCGCAUCGGCAUCUCGCAUACAUCGUGGCGCUGCCCGAGCGGCGCGCGGGGCGGCAUGAUCGGCGGGAGCUUACCGGCCCUGAGGCUCGCAUUCCCGGAACACGAGUCAUUAGCUAUUUCCAAGGCUCGUCAUUCGCCGCUACAAUAGCCACAAUCUUUUGCACUAGCUUUCUAGAUAAAGGGUCGCAGGUGAGUAAUGCGUUGUAUGGGGGGAGCGGGCGCGGGGCGCGGCAGGUACACGUGACGUCAUGCACUGCCACUCAUCGCUUCGGUAAUUAACGAGUUCGCCUAUGAAUGGCUGGAACACUGGAAGGCACCGGAAAAUAGGCUCGUGCAAAUAACAAGCUUCAUACGCGUAACAUGUUUGUGUACAACAUUCACAGUUUAAGCAACAACAGAAGGUACUAUAUUUUCUAUUGAUAGUCUCACGCCAUAGCAUCGGUGUUUCCAUGUGUGUGCGUGUAUUUGUUACGUCCGAUCAGUGAGAUGUCGAUCGGUCCCAAGACUAGUCCUCUUCCUCUUCCCACCUUUAGGAAAAGAAGAGGAUUUAGUGUGGCAGGGCGAGCAAGGGGAUGGGAAAGGGGAUUCUUUUUUAUGUCCAGUAAAAGUAAGUAACGCAUCUGUUGUAUAGCUCAUUACAGAUGCCCAUGGGUAGCGGUCACUCUGCUAUUUUAACGAUACUAGUGAUCAAGUAGCAGCUUGCUCGAAUACCACCUAGGGUAAAAAAGCGGACCACAAAAACUAACCCGCUGGCCGUUUAUCCUCGCGAUGACAAAAGUUGGGAAAUGUUUUGACUCCGCUAAUCCAAACACACAAACGGAUUAGGAAACACAUGUCGGAGUUGUUACUCCGAGGCGAGUGGUGAGCCGGCGGGGAGACAGCGGGGCGGCGGCCGGGCUGCCUCAGUCUACGGCCGGGACGUCGUGCCGUGCGCGCCGCGGGGCGCCGCCGCAUCUCCGCUAAUGCGAUAAAAUUUAUAGGUUCCCGGGAACGUGGCGACCGGCAUGUGCGUGCGACAUCUUUAUGCGCUCUUCAAGGAAAACUUGUUAAAAUUAUAAUCGCGAGGCCGCGCGCUCGCGCCCGCUGUGUUUUAACUUAAAUUGUCGCCUCUCUGCCCUGCGCCCUCGACGACAGAUUACAUUUUUUUCUCACAUUUUUAAUAGCUAUCUAAAAGUAGUUAUCUUCGAACGCGUUUUUGUCACUAACUACGACAUUUUCCUUUAUUAUCGAGGAGAUCGUGAUUUACUCAUGCUAGAGAUUUUAAAAUAAUUUUUCUCUAUCUAAGGAAAUGCAUUUCGUCUCACGUUUAUAUAGCCGAGGAAAUGGUCUGUGUCUGACCUUAUUGGUAUAAUUUCGUUACAUUCUGGGGGCUGUUGAAACCUUACCCUUAUUUUGUAACUUCUUCUGAGAAUCUCGUUCCAGCGGUGCUUGCGUGGAAACUCUACUCUCAAAGGUCGAACCUCAUAUCCCGCCGUUGCCUCAGCGAGUCUUAAGGUAGCGCACCCGGGGUUUACGAUACGAUGUGACAACGCCUUCACCCUUGUCCCAGACGAGCAGAGGCGACGCCUCCCUCCAUUGCAUGUCGGUUUAACCAUCAUAGCGUAAUAUAAGUACUAACUUAUCAUCUAACAUGUGCCUUAUUGACAGACGAUUUAUUGGCCAUAUUUAAUAUUCAUCCAUGGAUGUUCGCUUAAUACAUAAGCAUAACGACGUAUUUACAAGAUCGAUCCGGGCCGGCCAUAGGUGCAGCGGCGGGCGACGGGUGGCGGGCGGCAAGCGACGGGCAAGCGCCGGACAAGACAAAGGAGUAUGUAUAAAUGGAGUAUAAUGUGAUCGCGUCCCCUCGCCCGGACACGGGAGCCCAUUGGUCGCCCGCCGAAUAAAACUAGAUCGGAUGCGGCCGCACCGCGCACCGCGCCCCGCCACCCGCCACCCGUCGUCCGCCGCCCGCUGCGCCCCUCGACCCGCGCGCGGCGAGCAGCGGGCACGCUCAGCGCACCGUUGGCGCGCGAAGCGCCAGUGUACGCACGACCGUCGCGCGAGCAGCACGCCGCACCGUGCGGUACGUAGUGAACCAGUGAGCAUGCUGCACGACGCCUGGCCCGGCGCCUGGCACCGCGCCGAAACCAUCGAGUUGGACGCGCUCAUCGCGGAGGUUAACAACAACUGCAUGAAAGAGGGCGAGGCGGAGUGCGGCGACAGCCCGCCCCCGGCCGCCUGCUACCAGGAGCUGCGGCCGGCACACGCGCGCGACAUGCAGGCCUACGCGCUGGACGAGCCGCUCUUCAAGGGCGAGUACGCGCGCGCGCGCAGCCCCGAGCGCAGCCCGCCGCGCUUGCACUACGAGCCCUACGCACCGCCGCCCGCCUACGGCCACGACCACCACGGUGACGGGUCGGGCACGAGCGGCGGAGCGGGGGCGAGCGCGGGCGGUGGCGCUGGCGCGGUGUACGCGCGAUGCGGGUACACCGCCGGUUCGCCCUACUUCGGCAACGGUGCAGACUUGCCUCAGGCCCAGAUGUGGACCUCAAGCGCGGGUGGGUCGCCAAACUACAGCAGCGGCGUGUUGGAGGAGUACGAGCAAACUGAGAGCGAGGGCGGUGGCGGAAACGCGGGCGGAGGUGCGGGGGGCGCGCUGCCCGCCUUCAGCGCCCGCUUCGGCGGCGCCUUCGUGCACCGGCAGCCUGCGUACGCGCCGCAGCCGCUGGCCGGCUACCCGCACCAGGAGGCGUGGGCGCUGGACGCGCGCCGACCGCAGCUGUCAGCCGCCGCCAGCCUCAGCGCCAUCGAGAUGGCGGAGUUUUUCACGAUCGGGCGCGAGUGCGUCAACUGCGGUGCCAUUCACACGCCGCUGUGGCGGCGCGACGGCACCGGCCACUACCUCUGCAACGCGUGCGGCCUCUACAACAAGAUGAACGGCAUGAACCGUCCGCUGAAGCAGCCCCGGCGGCUGGUACGUCAGCGGCACGCGGCCGCCCCGCCCGCGCCCGACAUGGGCAGCAAGCGGCCCGGACUGACGUGUAGCAACUGCGGCACCUCCACCACGUCACUGUGGCGGCGCAACGUGCACGGCGAGACCGUGUGCAACGCGUGCGGCCUCUACUACAAGCUGCACGGCAUCAAUCGCCCACUCGCCAUGAAGAAGGACUCCAUACAGACGAGGAAGCGAAAACCAAAGAAUUCUAUGAAGGGGGAAAGGAAUCUCAGUAAAAGCAAUUCGCACGGUACGCACGGUGCGCAUAGCACGCACGGCGCACACGCCACGCACGGCACGCACGGCGCACACGGCGCGCACACGCCGCAUGCCGCCUCCAACGCGGUGCCCUCUACUGUCAAACUAGAGAACAUGUUGGAGAACGGUCCGGGCGUCAUCAGCGUGGGCAACGCGGAGAGCCGCGCGGCGCUAGCACUCGGAUACUACGUGCAGCACGCCAUCAAACUGGACGAGCCGCCGCCCGCGCACGCCCACUCCGCACACGCCGCCCACGUCGCGCACGCCGCCCACGCCGCGCACAUGUACGAGGAGGAGUACCGGCGAGCCGAGAGCGGCGAGCGCAGCGCCGCCGUAUCGCUGGCCAGCUGAAUCACUCGCGUCGCCGCCCGGCUGGGUGCACGCCGCUGGGUGCACGGCGCUGGGUGCACGGCGCUGGGUACACGCCGCCGGGUGCACGCCGCUGGGUGCACGCCGCUGGGUGCACGCCGCUGGGUACACGCCGCCGGGUGCACGCCGCCCAGCGGUCGGUUUUAUCGAGACAUGAGCUAUAGUGAAUAUUUUUAUGUUAUUUAUGUAGUCCCUAGUACAAUUGUACCAAAAAUUUGUCUAUGAGCGUGCACGCGCAGGGUCGCCGUGUCUUCGAUGCGGCGCCAGUCGACAAUCAGCUGUUACCAAAAGCCGGCGCGGGCACUCGCUCCCACACAUUCCUAUGUCGUGCUCGGCUCGGCGCGUACACUUAAGAUAUAUGUUAAUAAUAAUAUUAGCGAGAAGGCUGUUCGUUGAUAAUAAAUUUUAUUGAUAUUAUUUAGUAAGUAAUGAAACGCUAGUUAACUCCAUGACUUCGAAAACAUUCCACGAAUUUAUAUGUGUGUUAGUUCGUGAAGAGCCCAGCCCGCCGUCUACCCCGCACCGGCCCGCACCGCCCGGCACCGCUCCGCCACCGCCGCCUAUCUAUUUAUAAGGUUUAUUAAUAAACGAUAAAAGUGAAUGUGCUAUAAUAAUGCAUUCAAUUAUAUAUGUACAAAGGCCUCGGCUGGCGGUAUUCUCUAAAGCCUCCUCUGUAUGAAAAGCAGAAAUAAUAACCAAUAGAAAGCCGCUUUUUAAAGCAAUUUUUUCGUAAAAAAGGUCAAUUGAUGUAAAAAUAGCGCGUUUAAUAUUAAAAUCAAUGCGAAGAAAUUUAAGUUAUUGACGAGGUGCAAGGCAAGGCAAGUGUUUCUGUAACACCGCGCACGAACGCGACUGUACCUGGGUAUAUUUUAUAUUUGAUUUUGUGCACUGAUUGUGU